ACGCCACCGAAGCAAUCCAGGCCAGGACCAGGACCAGGACAGGGUGCCACAAAACCAAAACCAAACCCCACCACUCCGCACGAGAUCAUUUCGCCAGCUCAUCGCCACCGCCCUCCACAGCCCCCGCUCGGCUCCCGCGACUCCUUCUCCUCGUCGCCGGGUGAGUGGGUCCACCUCUCGCCGCGCCCCGCCGUCGACCCGCCUCAGGCAAAGAUAAGUCAAAGGAGAGGUCGGUAUGCGCCGGUGGUUUUGCUGCACGCAGUUUAAUGCUUCAUAUCGUGAACAUGAAAAUGAACGUCCCAUCAGUCCGGAGGAGAAAGAAGGAAAUGGUUUUGCUGUUAAAAGUGAUCCCAUCAAGGUACCACCUUCCAUUGAAGUCCCUGAAUUAUCAUUUGAAGAACUGAAAGAAAAGACCGACAAUUUUGGGUCAAAGGCUUUGAUUGGUGAGGGAUCAUAUGGAAGAGUGUAUUACGCUAUUCUGGACAGUGAAAAACAUGUUGCUGUUAAAAAGCUUGACGCUUCAACAGACCCUGAACUCGAUAAUGAGUUUUUGACACAGGUAUCCAUUGCCUCAAAACUAAAGCAUGAUAAUUUUGUGGAGAUGCUUGGAUAUUGUGUGGAAGGAAAUCAGCGUCUAGUGGCCUAUGAAUUUGCUACAAUGGGUUCUCUGCAUGAUAUCUUGCAUGGAAGAAAGGGUGUUCCAGGUGCACAGCCUGGCCCAGCACUUGAUUGGAUGCAGCGGGUUAAGAUUGCUAUUGAUGCUGCUAAAGGGCUAGAGUAUCUUCAUGAAAAGGUGCAGCCUUCAAUAGUCCACCGGGACAUACGGUCUAGCAACGUUCUUCUGUUUGAGGACUACAAAGCGAAAAUUGCAGAUUUCAAUCUUUCCAAUCAGUCUCCAGAUAUGGCUGCUCGUUUGCAUUCUACUCGUGUCCUUGGAACCUUCGGCUACCAUGCUCCCGAGUAUGCCAUGACUGGCCAGCUAACUCAGAAAAGCGAUGUAUAUAGCUUCGGAGUUGUUCUUUUAGAGCUUCUAACAGGAAGGAAACCAGUAGAUCAUACAAUGCCUAGAGGUCAGCAGAGUCUGGUUACAUGGGCAACACCUCGAUUGACUGAGGACACAGUGAAACAAUGUGUUGAUCCAAGAUUAAAGGGAGAGUAUCCUCCAAAAGGAGUUGCCAAGCUUGCGGCUGUGGCGGCACUCUGUGUGCAAUAUGAAUCUGAAUUUAGACCCAGCAUGAGCAUCGUAGUUAAGGCACUCUCUCCCCUUCUUCAACAUAAACCGCAACCACCACCAGCCACUACUCCUGAUGCAACAGCACCUUCAGAUGCCUGACUUUUUCAACAAGCUAUGAAUCAUGAAUGUAAAGAGAGCCAUUUCCUCUUCGGUGCGUGCGCUGUUCUGAAGUACUACCGUGUGCCUGUGAAGUGAUCAGUGUCACACAAGUAACGGCAUUGUGGACUAAUGCAUAUGCACACCUUUACAUAGGUUGGUACAGACAGGAGGCUCCCCCCCUUGUCAUUACCGCGUGCUAAGCUGAGUCAUGUCCUGCCUUCGUUGGCCGGGUGAGGUGUGCUUGUUGGCCAGCGGUCGUGAUCACCUAAUUACCGUGUUACUGUAACAUGUGAAGGUUCUAAUUUUUUUUUCAAGGUUUGUUUUUCGUGUGCAUGUCUAUGCGUGAGAUUGUGAUGACAUUAUGCGCAUUAUUUUCUUUUACUGGAGAUACGCUGGAGAGCUAGAUUGUGCACU